UGUGUGUGUGUGUGUGUGUGUGUGUGUGAAAGGAGUCAGUUAGGUCUGUGUGUGUGUGUGUGUGAAAGGGGUCAGUCAGAUCUGUGUGUGAGAGACGACGACCGUGGAGGCCUUAGCCCUGGAUUUCUCAGAGAUGGAGGGUCAAGGCUACGACCGGUUUGGUGAGCUUGAGCAAGACACCUACCAGAUCGACUACCGUCGUAUAGUUGGUGACACUGAGCCUGCCAGGCCGCGCCUCUCGCCCCGUGAAGGGGAACACACACACCCCAACUCCAACCCUCGUGGAGCCUACACGCACACCAACCCUCACGGCCACGGGCACGAGACGGCCGCGCAGAGAUACAAUGCCACACGCAUCCAAGCCGGAUACGAACCUGAAAGCAUGGCCGACUACCUGAUCAGUGGAGGGACAGGGUACGUGCCUGAAGAUGGACUGACGGCUCAGCAACUCUUCUCUAUCGGGGAUGGACUCACAUACAAUGAUUUCCUGAUUCUGCCUGGUUUCAUAGACUUUAUUUCUGAUGAAGUGGACCUGACCUCAGCUCUGACCAGGAAGAUCACCCUGAAGACUCCUAUCAUCUCAUCUCCCAUGGAUACAGUCACUGAGUCCUCCAUGGCCAUUGCUAUGGCUCUUAUGGGCGGGAUCGGGAUCAUGCACCAUAACUGUACUCCAGAGUUCCAGGCCAACGAGGUCCGCUUGGUUAAGAAAUUUGAGCAGGGUUUCAUCACAGACCCAGUGGUGAUGAGUCCUCGCCACACAGUGGGAGACGUAUUCGAAGCCAAGGUCCGCCACGGCUUCUCUGGCAUCCCUGUCACCGAGACGGGCAAGAUGGGCAGCAAGCUGGUGGGCAUCGUCACCUCCCGAGACAUUGACUUCCUCUCAGAGAAAGACCAUGACAGACCCCUGGAAGAGGCUAUGACAAAGAGGGAAGAUUUAGUGGUUGCACCAGCUGGCGUCACACUGAAAGAGGCCAACGACAUCCUGCAGCGCAGCAAGAAAGGUAAACUGCCCAUAGUGAAUGACAGUGAUGAGCUAGUUGCCAUAAUCGCCAGGACAGACUUGAAGAAGAACCGAGACUACCCACUUGCCUCUAAAGACUCCAGGAAACAGCUGCUGUGUGGAGCGGCCAUCGGAACCAGAGAGGAGGACAAAUGCAGACUGGACCUGCUGAUGCAGGCUGGGGUUGACGUGGUAGUGCUGGACUCCUCCCAGGGGAACUCUGUCUAUCAGAUCAACAUGAUCAACUACAUCAAACAGAAAUACCCUGAACUACAGGUGGUGGGAGGAAACGUGGUGACUGCAGCCCAGGCUAAGAAUCUGAUCGAUGCGGGUGUGGACGCUCUGAGGGUGGGGAUGGGCUGCGGCUCCAUCUGCAUCACCCAGGAAGUGAUGGCGUGUGGGCGUCCCCAGGGCACAUCAGUGUACAAGGUGGCAGAGUACGCCAGGCGCUUCGGUGUGCCCGUCAUUGCAGACGGAGGCAUCCAGACCGUUGGACAUGUGGUAAAAGCUCUCGCUCUUGGGGCAUCCACAGUGAUGAUGGGGUCAUUGCUCGCAGCAACCACAGAGGCCCCGGGGGAGUAUUUCUUCUCAGAUGGCGUGCGGCUGAAGAAGUACCGCGGGAUGGGCUCCCUGGACGCCAUGGAGAAGAACAGCAGCAGCCAGAAACGCUACUUCAGUGAGGGGGACAAGGUGAAGGUGGCUCAGGGUGUGUCAGGGUCGGUUCAGGAUAAAGGUUCUAUCCAUAAGUUUGCCCCCUACCUCAUCGCUGGCAUACAACAUGGCUGCCAAGACAUCGGAGCCAAGAGCCUCUGCAUACUGCGGUCCAUGAUGUACUCUGGGGAGCUGAAGUUUGAGAAGAGGACCAUGUCAGCUCAGGUUGAGGGGGGAGUACACGGGCUCCACUCGAAGACCCAAAAAUCAAGUUAUGAGAAGCGGCUAUACUGAGGGAGGAGGGAGAGUGAGCUCACGAACAGCACCCAGUGUACCCUCACCAGCAGCCACCAGGCACAAUGGAUACAUGUGACCUACCUACAACCACUACUCAACCUCCACCCAAGUUACCACAUCUGACCUACCUACAACCAUUACUCAACCUCCACCCAAGUUACCACAUCUGACCUACCUACAACCAUUACUCAACCUCCACCCAUGUUACCACAUCUGACCUACCUACAACCAUUACUCAACCUCCACCCAUGUUACCACAUCUGACCUACCUACAAACAUUACUCAACCUCCACCCAUGAUACCAUAUCUGACCUACCUACAACCACUACUCAGCCUCCACCCAAGUUAUCACAUCUGACCUACCUACAACCAUUACUCAACCUCCACCCAUGUUACCACAUCUGACCUACCUACAACCACUACUCAACCUCCACCCAAGUUACCACAUCUGACCUAACCAUAGCUACUACUCAGUUCAACCAUUACAUAACCUUUGGCUAUACAAGAGAAGACCCCUGGACUCCACCCCUCUUGUCUACCUCUACCUACUCUUUAUCUGUGUUGUGUAAGAUGCUUUUGAGAGACCAGAGUCACCUCUGACCUAUGACUUAAUUGAUAUUAUGACAUAAACCACAGGGACUAGGGACUAAGCUUCAGUGGUCAGAUGUAUUGGGUUAUGGCACAGAGGCAUCGGGCUGUAUAAAUCAAAUCAAAUUGUAUUAGUCAUAUGCGCCAAAUACAACAGUAGACCUUACAGUGAAAUGCUUACAUA